AUGUUUGCGGAAGCUCGGAAUCUAGCAUAGGCAGCUAACAGAAGACUUGUCCGUUUUGUGUGAAUGUUUUAAGUGUCGUAAUUCAGCAAUGAAUCUACCAAAGGGACCAGACUCUUUGUGUUUCGAUAAGGAUGUUUUUAUGAAGGAUGACUUCGAUGUCGACCAGUUUGUGUCGGACUGUAGGAAGCAGGUCCAGCUGGAGGAGAUGAGAGAGGACCUGGAGCUGUACUACAAGCUGCUGAAAACGGCCAUGGUGGAGCUCAUCAACAAGGACUAUGCAGACUUUGUUAACCUCUCUACCAAUUUGGUGGGGAUGGACAAGGCCCUCAAUCAGCUGUCUGUACCACUGGGACAGUUACGAGAAGAGGUUAUGAGCCUGCGAUCCUGUGUGAGUGAAGUGAUACAAGCUAUAGACAACCAGCUGUCCAAACAGGAAGAUCUACAGAAGAAAAAGGUGUGUGUUUUGAGGCUGAUCCAGGUGGUACGAUCAGUUGAGAAGAUAGAAAAGAUCCUACACUCACAAAACUCUAAGGAAUCCAACUCUCUAGAAAUCAGCAGUCCUUUAUUAGCAGGUCAGAUUCUGGAGAGGAUAGCCACAGAAUUUAACCAGCUGCAAUUCCAUGCUGUACAGAGCAAAGGCAUGCCCCUGCUGGACAAAGUCAGACCUCGCAUCGCAGGAAUCACUUCCAUGUUGCAGCAGUCUCUGGAGGGCCUGCUGAUUGAGGGCCUUCAAACGUCCAAUGUGGACAUGGUGCGCCACUGUUUGAGGACAUAUGCCACAAUAGACAAGACCCGAGAUGCAGAGGCACUGGUGGGACAGGUGCUAGUCAAACCGUAUAUGGACCAGGUGAUACUGGAAGAAGCAGUAAAAUCCAGUCCCAAUGGUCUUCAGGUGAUGUACUCUAGAUUAUUGGACUUUGUGCCUCAUCACUGCAGACUGCUGAGAGAGGUGACUGGAGGAGCCAUAUCCAGUGACAGAGCUGACACCGUGCCAGGUUAUGAUUUCUUGGUGAACUCUGUUUGGCCGGAGAUAAUCAAAGGCAUAGAGGAAAGGUUGCCCUAUCUCUUCAACCCUGGAAACCCGGACUUAUUUUAUGAGCGAUACAUUGUUAGUAUGGAAUUUGUGCGGAGGUUUGAGCGGCAGUGCAGCUCCCAGGCGAGUGUGAAGAGGUUGAGGGUACAUCCAUUAUAUACCAGCUUUCACAACAAGUGGAACCUGCCUGUUUACUUCCAGCUACGGUAUAAAGAAAUUGCAGGAAGUCUUGAAAAUGCAAUUGGUGAUGGGCUAAUGGCAGCCCCAGCUGGCAGUGCUUAUCACCUGCAGGUCUCUGAGGUUUUGUGGUCCUGCCUUGUGAAGUGUUGGUCAGACAAAGUCUACCUGUCACCACUUGCCCAUCGCUUCUGGAAGCUCACACUGCAGCUUUAUUCACGAUAUGCCAAGUUCCUUGAUGAGGUGCUGACAAAGACCCCAGCCCCUGAGGUAACUAAAGAGCCGACCCGGCCCCUGCCGAGCUCAGCCUCCUCCACCUCCAGUCGGACAUCAUUGGAAGAAGGCGGCAGUGAGAGUGGGAGUCCCACCUCCCUGUCCACCAAGCAGUUGGUCUAUAUAGCAGCUGAUAUCCAAAAGCUGCAGGAGCAGAUACCAGUGUUGUCAGAGAUGGUCAGACAGAGGUUAGAAGCCAUCAGUUUCACAAACUUUGCACUUGUGGAAAAUGCUCUUGCUGAUUCAAAGGCCUGUCUGUCAAGUAGCAUUCCCACCCUCAACACCCGUAUGACGCAGCACCUGACUGAACGCUCCUGUCGCUUCUUAAAGAGUGCCUCUGAGGUUCCACGACUCUACCGCAGGACCAACAAGGAGCUGCCUGUUCGUGCAUCAGCAUAUAUGGACAACGCGUUACGGCCAUUACAUCAGUUACUGACAGACUCAACAGGGCUGGUCACUACUUCUACAGCACAAGAGUGGCUGAGAGUUGCACUGUCUGACUGCACUCAGAGGUACUAUGAGACUAUCUCAGAGGUGCUAAGCUCAGUCAGAAGGAUGGAGGAGAGCCUGAAGCGACUGAAACAAGCCAGGAAGGGAACCAGUGCAACUACCACAACAGGUGCAAAUGGUGGACCUACAGACGACAGCAAGAUCCGCCUUCAGCUUGCACUGGAUGUAGAAUACCUGGGGGAACAGAUUCAGAAGAUGGGUCUACAACCAAGUGACAUCACUAUGUUUUCUGCUCUCAUGGAACUUGUGAAAGAGGCUCGAGAACUCGCUGAACAGAACCAGUAGACAGGUAGUUAAACUGUGACUGCAGAACAACUGAAACCCUUGAGCACACUGAACUGCACUACUGUAAAGCUUCCUGAGAGGAAAAAACAAAGCAACGUAGUGUGUUUAAUUGUCAGGCGACGCUGCAAAACAUUCCUGCCCAAUUAAAUCUUACGCCUUAUGUGAGAUAUUCUGGGACUUUUAAAUUCAUUAAAUUAAUCUAAAUGGCAUCUAUAACAAAACAUGCACUUAAUUCUGACAGUAUGUCAAAGUUAGAAGCUGACAAUUACUGGAAUAUUUUGGCAGCUUUUAAUAUAAAAAGAUCUUAAUUUUAUCAGUGCCACAGUGGGGAAGCUUUAACAUUAGCAAAAACUUCUGUGUAUUGGCAGAGUUGAACCUGUUCAGACUGCAAUUUUGAGUUAGAAACUGCAGCAAAUGUACUUUCUUUGACACUGGAUCUGGUGUGGGUAACGUGAAGAAAAACAACUCCAAUAUAUUUCUUCCGGACAGGGCAUCACCUAUACACACUAUGCAAACGAUAGUGAUGACUGUUGUUAUGGCAGAAUGUUGUAACUUUUCUCAAAUCAAUGUUGUAAAGACAGAAUGUCAAUGAAAUUUGUUGUUUUUUCUAUGAUAGUGAAGGAUUUAUUGCAAAUAAAGAGGGCAUCUAUUGUGAAAAAUGCACGUUUGUUAUAAUCAGAUAUGUAACAUAGUUUAUUUAACAUAAAUAUUGGGAAUAAAAAAACAUGUGAGACGGUAUAAUUUUAA